AACAUCACUGCAAUCCAUGUGUUGAGUUUUGGAAAAUAAGUCAUUCAGAAUACAACCAAUUUUGAGCCAUCCUCCGUUUUGCUAAAACAUCUUGCCAAAAAGGAGAUCUAAACCCCGCAACCUUUUCCGAGCAGUCAUCCCAGUUUUUCCGAGCAUCCUUUCGGGUUAAAUUACUUCUCAAAUUCCAGAAGUCCACAGAACAAAAUAUGGACCAAGUUUUGAAAAAUAUCGUCACCUCAAUCGUCUUCGACGAAGUUUUGGACCAUGUCACAAUCUGUUUUGACCCCGCGGAAAAACUCCCUAUGGUAAUGAAGCUAUUGAACAGUUAUGGCCCAAACAACACCGUCACGUUUGAAAUCAUUCCAAGAGGACCACACCAUGACUCAGCGAGAUUAACUAUUAAGUACAGAACAUGGACAAGCGCGACGAGACUCAGAAGCGAUUAUAAGACAUCCAGAACAGAGGACAGGAUGCCAGUAGAACAGAGAGUAGAAGCACCGACUGAUUCGGACAGCUCAGACACAGACGACGAACAUAGCAGCAGCGACAGCAGUACCACUGACGGAACCGACGGAACGGACAACACUAGCGACACUCCUGAAAGCGACGCUAACGACGAAAAUGACGAAGUAAUUUUAAAUUCAGACGAAGAUGUCCCACAGCAAGACAAUGACAAUAACGAAGACAACAUGAACAACGACAAUGACCACAUCCCAGACAACAAUGACAACAAUUACGGCAGUAAUGACAUCGACAAUGCAGACAACAACGAUAUCAACAGCGACGACAAUAUUAAUGAUAACGGCUACCCCUUGCAGUACAAUCCCCAAAACAACGUGGAAUUACUCAAGAUGAACCUGACGGACGCUUAUACGAUAACGCAGAGGCAUUGUUCAGACAGUACGGACCAUGCCACACAGAACACUACAUGUCCAUGACAGACGACACUAAAGCCAUAUCGACACGGUACGAGUUAGACAGACAUGCACGGAAAAUAAUAAAUCUGUACAGACAAUAUAUACAACGGACAGACGAGGACGUGCAAGGACUUCGACGGCAAGAAAGAGAACAGGAACCACCGACAACAGAAUACGUUAGAUCGGACGAUACUAUUUG